AUGGAGUCGGCUAAAAGUCGGCCGCCGUCGUUCUUCAUCUCCAGCCUUGCUAGUUUUAGGAUCUCUCUUGGCCGACAAUCCUCCGCCUUCAGCUCCAUUCCAAGCCCGCGUACGCUCCCCCUCGUCCACCCAGGACGAGCUCUUGCCACGUGGCGCCCCAGGACAACCACCCCCCGCCUUCAGCUCCUGUCCAAGCCCCCGGCACGCCCCAGCUCGUCCACUGGAGACGAGCUAUUGCCACGGAUCCUAUCAAGGGAUCUCCCCUUGCCGACCACCCACGGCGCGUCAAGAGCGAAGACCGCUCCGCCCUGUCAAGCUGCUCUCCGGUCCCGCUUUCUGCAGUCACCCCGUGCCCCCUGGUUGUCGUCGGCAGUCGACCAGCCUAGCGCUGACGUGGCUGCUGACGUCAGCUCGUCCGAGACCAAUUUCUCCGACCGCCCCACCGACCGAACUUCGCCCGAUGUCCCUGCCAAUUUGCGGUCUGGAGAGGUCUUCAACCGUUCUGCUGGUGGAGCGCGCAGCUAA